GUUCUGGCUGUAUUCCUGGCUGCUGACGAGAUGGAGGCGACAUCUGAAGAGUCGAUUAUCAUGAGCCGCAUCGCCGCGACUAUCGGGAAGACUUUUGAGAGUUGUCGGGAGGAGACCCAAUUAACCCCCGAGAUCAUGAAAGAAUGGCACCAAAUGUGGGAUUAUGACUUCGAUGUAGGAGCACACAGAGAGAUCGGGUGCACCGUCAUCUUUAUGGGCCACAAGAACUCCUUACUGGAUGAUGAUAAUACCGUGCAUGGUGACAGAAUGUUAGACUACAUCAGGACUUAUGAAAAUGAUCGAUUGCAAGAAGGCUGUCCUGGUGUCCUGGCCUACGCCGCCAUGAUUAAUGAUAUGCUGGAGGAGGAAUGA